AUGCGCCACAACGUCUGCCACUUGCCUAACGGGCAGUUAAUCUCAGUGUCGCCAGUGUUCGGUGGCUUGACCUUCAGGAUCAAUGAUGCACACUUAGGUCGCUCCUUACUCCCUCCAGGAUGGACGAUCGUCUUGUAUACCAGACAGCAUACCCAGGAGAAGGGGAAAUCCGAUGGAGCGCAGGACGGAGCUCGCGAGGCUGGAGGGAAGAGUGACGAUCAGUCGCACAGCUCUCGAUUCACAGCACCGACCUUGCAGGAUGAUUGCCUGUACCUCUCAGCCAUCGUCAGCCCCCCAAACAACGAGCAUAAACUCGCCACCUCCGCUUCACGCCAGAUCGCCAUGAUGCUCUGGGUCACUCUCUGGUGGUACUUCCACGAGCCCGAACCCGACCUUCACCUUGAGACGGAGGCUUCGUCGCGCACGCCCGUGGCGGGCAGACCGAAGGGCGAAUGGCGGGUCAAUAUCAAGCGUGAGGGCAUCUUCAAGGGACGAAACGUACUUCAGAAGCUGGAACGGAUGGGAUUGAUUGCCACCGAGGAUUCAUCCGUAGGCCCGGAUGCCUUCGAUAACGAGUCCUGGGAGGCGAUGUUCGUGAGCCGACGCUCCUUCUGGCAAAUCGAUCCCCGUCUUUUCGUCUUCUCUUUGAGCCCUCUGAAUAUAGGGCAGAAUGUACCCGGCUCGUCGCAUCAUACCCGCCAGCUGUCGUCUCCAACCCGUGAGACAAUGUACCUCGCUGAUUCUGGUCCUCCGCCUAGCGACACUGGCCACUACGCACCCAACGAAGGGCCGUUUGCCUCCAGCACCAAUCUUCCAACUUUCUACCCCCCGCCAGCCACUCAGUACAUCUUCACAAAUGGAGUCCGACACCCAAUCAGACCUAAGCCACCACACCAGGGAGACGUAUUCUACAUUCGAUACAUUCCCAGCGUCGGGCAAUACCUCUCAUUCCGUGUCCCGUACCUCCCCUCACAGAAGACUCAGGGGCCGGGAGGGGCACCAAGUAAAGCACAUACCUCUUCAGCCUCAACCAGUGACCCAGUGGUCUCGAACACGCCUUCGGACCUCGACUACCUGCACAAGUGGAUGAACGACCCAAGAGUCAGCGCAGCAUGGGGAGAGGCCGGUCCCAUCUCCCACCAGGAAGAAUUUCUCCGCAACAACCUGAAAAGUCGACAUAGCUUCCCGGUGAUUGGAUGCUGGGACGGCAAACCCUUCGGGUACUUCGAGAUCUACUGGGUCAAAGAAGACCGUCUGGGACAGCUCAUCGGGGGCGCGGCAAUUACGACCGGGGAAUCCACCUGCUGGUCGGAGAGCAGGAACCAGCGCACCGAGACAGUCAUGCUAGAGCCUCGAGUGGACAACACAAAGGUCCUCGAGUAUCUCCAGAAAGCAGGCUUCUACAAAGAAGGCGAAGUAAGCUUCCCACACAAACAGUCCAACCUGAUGAAAAUCAAACGCGACAGCUGGGAAGCCCCUGCUAUUUGA